CUCUUCUUAAAACCCUAACCCUCAAAUGCAAAAUCCACAAAAUCAAAAUCGAAGGAAAAAUCAAAGCCUAAGAAUAAAGCAAAAAAAAUAAAAGAUUAGACGAAGAUGCCGAACCUUGAAUGUCGUAUGUACGAAGCGAAGUACCCAGAGGUGGACAUGGCGGUGAUGAUACAAGUGAAGAACAUCGCCGACAUGGGUGCGUAUGUUUCGCUCCUAGAAUACAACAACAUCGAAGGCAUGAUCUUGUUCUCCGAGCUCUCCCGCCGUCGCAUUCGUAGCGUCAGCAGUUUAAUUAAGGUAGGCCGGACGGAGCCCGUGAUGGUCCUCCGUGUCGAUAAGGAAAAGGGUUACAUCGAUUUGAGUAAGAGGAGGGUUAGCGAAGAAGACAUCCAGGCUUGUGAGGAAAGGUAUAAUAAGAGUAAGCUUGUUCACUCUAUUAUGCGACAUGUCGCCGAGACCUUGGAUAUCGAUUUGGAGGAUUUGUACAUUAAAAUUGGCUGGCCUUUAUACCGGAAAUAUGGUCAUGCUUUUGAGGCUUUCAAAAUUAUUGUGACUGAUCCUGAUUCUGUCUUGAACACCCUCACCUGUGAAGUAAAAAACCCUGGCCCAGAUGGACAGGAGGUGACUGAGGUGGUCCCUGCUGUGACUGAGGAAGUCAAAGAUGCUUUGAUAAAAAAUAUUAGGAGAAGAAUGACACCACAACCUCUGAAGAUUCGAGCUGAUAUUGAAAUGAAAUGUUUCCAGUUUGAUGGUGUUCUUCACAUUAAGGAGGCCAUGCGCGAAGCUGUGGCUGCCGGGAAUGAUGAUUGUCCUGUUAAAAUCAAGCUUGUUGCUCCUCCACUUUAUGUUCUUACCACUCAAACUCUUGACAAGGAGCAAGGUAUAGCUAUUCUCAAUAAAGCAAUUGCAGCUUGCACUGAAGCAAUAGAGCAUCACAAGGGUAAACUUGCAGUCAAAGAGCAUCCUAGAGCAGUGAGUGAACGAGAUGAUAAAUUGCUUGCUGAGCACAUGGCUAAGUUGCGUAAUGAUAAUGAAGAGGUCAGUGGUGAUGAAGAUAGUGAAGAAGAGGAAGACACAGGCAUGGGAGAAGUUGAUGUUGAGAACGCAAGUCAUGGAAUAAUGGAAUGAGGUUGCUGCUUACAUGAACAUGAUGGUUGCCGAUUUUUUUACCAGAACUUAUUUUUUUUUCUCCUUUUUUGGUCCACUAUUUUCCGGGCAGUUCAAAACCUCUUGAAAGUGUUGUCUUGUUGAGUUGUUUUGCAAAUUUACAAUAUCUUUAGCCAAGUUUAAUGCGGUAUACAGAUGGAUGACGUAUUGAGUCAAGUAUUCAAAAAUCUCGAAGGUGGUCUUGUUGAGUUCUUUCCCUCCCUGUCUGUGUUUCUUGGGUUGGUUCUAUGAUUUCUAUGAGAUUGCAUUCAAUUCAUGCUA